AUGGCGGCUUCGUCCAAUAUGCUCGUCGUGAGCGGAGCCGUCCUAGCAAUCCUGCCGUCGGUCAUGGCCCACGGUCAUCACUCGCAUGGCCCAGCGGACAACUCAGUUCCUAUCGACAGCAUCCUCUGGAUCCACAUCGGCAUACAGACCUUUGCUUGGUUCUUGCUCUUCCCGCUAGCCAUGGUGCUCGGCAUGGUACGCCAUCGGCUUCACGUGCCUGUAGCCACCACCUCGCUCGCGCUUACCGUGGGCGGAUACUUUCUCGGUCACGGACACGGCGGUCGCUCCUUCCCACACACAGCUCACGGCACCAUGGCCUCUCUACUCGUCUUCUACCUCGCCGCACAAACCUUCCUCGGAGUCUACCUCAAGCUCCACCUGCAGUGGCGACCUGAAAAGUGGAUCCGACCUACACUCGUCACCAUCCACGGCGUCCUCGGCAAGAGCUUCCCCAUCGUCGGUUGGGUGCAGAUGGUAUUUGGCGUCUCGACACUUCAGUCUUGGUGCUUCGGCGGACACCUGGGUCAGUGUCUGGCGCACUACAUCAUGGGGUCGGCGUUUCAAGCGUACGCGGCCAUUCUCGUGAUCAUGAUGAAGGCCGGCGGCGACUGGUUGCAGCGACGCGGGCAGAGUCAGGAGUGGUUCGAUUCGUGGGUCAUCAUGCUCUGGGGCAUCGUCAACACUUUUACCGAGCAUCAUGGUGGGCCGUGGACGCACAAGGAUCUGCAACAUACGCUCAUGGGCGUCCUUUGGUGGGCCGGUGGUGCAGUGGGCAUCUGGCUCAGCCGUGGUGGUAGGAGGAACGUGUUUCCCUCCAUCAUCAUCAUUCUCACGGGAUGGGCGAUGAGCGCACACUCGCAGGAACUCAUGAUCUCGACCAUGGUGCAUUUGCUCUUUGGAUACGCGCUCAUGGGUGCAGGCAUUGCGAGGAUGAUCGAAGUGUGCUUCGUCAUGCAGGAUCGACCGACGGGUACCACUCCAGAAUCGCCGAAUGUACCCGUGGCUAGUACAGAGGCGGUCAAUGGGAGCUGGUAUCCGAUCAGAGCAUUCCAAUACCUGCCGCCUUAUCUGCUGGUGGCAUCGGGAGUGCUGUUCAUGUCGGCAACGGAUGAAGAGCUGAGAUGGGCGGACUCGCAGGGGGUGGAUCACGCAACGUGGGGGUUGAUCGAUUUCAGCGCUUCCAUGCUGAUGUUCCUGUGGAUCAAUGUGCUGAUCGAUCUGUACGUGGGCUAUGGCGGCAGGUACGGCGCUGCGAGGGAGAAUGCUGCUCAAGCAAGAGGGACCGAUCGGGAGGCACAGGCGAGCAGAUCGUUGUAUUCGCGUCUCAGCAUGGGGAACGGCGCGGCAGCCGUGGAUGCACCGACACGGACAGUAGAGGUGGAGCAUCACGAGCUGAACGGGCUGAAUGGAAAGCGGAUGCUCCACUCGGAUGACGAAACAGAGCCAAAUCAUGUUCUAUUCGACGAGGAGGACGAGGAUCCUUUCGAGGAGAAGGAGCGCGACGACUACGAAAGCAGCGGCAGCGGAAGUGGCAGCGGUGAUGCUGCACGCAGUCGCAUUCAUCUGUAG